UUUCAAGUAAAAACAUUGAGACAUUUAUGUUAAAUUUAUUCACUGAUUGUUAUUUAUUCACUGAUUCACUAAUUUAACAAGAAAUAAAUUAUGCCAACCAGUUGUUGUGCAAUUGGUUGUUCAAACAAAUUUAAAAAAGAAUGUGGAUUAAAAUUUUAUAAAUUUCCAUCAGGAAAAACGCCUUUUGAGAAAAGAAGGCGAAUAGACUGGAUUAAAGCUAUUAAUCGUAAGGAUUGGGACAGUUGUGAAAGUGAAAAGAUUAGUAAAGAACGAGUAUGCAGUGCACAUUUUGUAUCAGGGAAACGUUCUGAUGACCCAUCUGACGUUGACUGGAGUCCAUCUGUAUUUAAUCACCUUGGAUAUGCUACGAUUUCUAGUUUGAUUAAAAAAAUUAAGAGAAAAGAUUGCUAUAAAGCUUUAUGUAAAAAACGAUCUUUCAAAAAAUCAAUACUGCCAUCUAGCCAAUCAAAUGAUAUAGAGCUUGAUAACUAUAAAGAUAAUUUAAAUAAUGACAUAAAUCCACCAAAUGACAAGUCAGCUAUUUCUAAAUUUUGUCAGCAUGAUACUUAUAAAGUAGAAGUGGAAACUCUUAACUUUCAGUUAAUGCAAUACAGAAAUGAAUUGAUCGAGAAAUCUAAUGAAAUUAUUGAACUUAAAAAAAAGAAUGCCAGACUAGACUAUAAUAAAUAUAUUUCAUACCAAAACCUAACAGAUGAACAAAUGAAUUUUUUUUCAGGCUUGUCUCGAACUACGUUUAUGUGGCUCUUUGAAAGAGUUAAAAAUUAUAUUAAAAAAGUUCACUCAAGGUUAUUGUUGGAGGACCAUCUCUUAAUUGUACUCAUAAAACUAAAAUUAGGUCUAUUAAAUAAAGAUAUUGCUUUUCGAUACUAAGCCCAGCAGUAGUUUCAAAAAUUUUCAGAACAAUAAUACCAAUUUUUUCUGCUAGAGUUGUUAAUCUCAUUGUUUGGCCAGACCGUGGAAUAAUAAGGAGUAACCUUCCUAUAUGUUUUAAAAAAAAGUUCAAAGAUUGUGUUUGUAUUAUUAAUUGUACUGAAAUAUUUAUUGAAAGGCCAAAAAAUUUAACUUCACGAUCACAAACUUGGUCUAAUUACAAACAUAACAAUACCAUUAAAUAUCUUAUUGAUAUUACUCCAGCUGGGGCAGUUAGUUUUUUAUCUCCUGGCUGGGGUAGUCGUGUUUCAGACAAACAAAUAACAUUUGAGUCAAACUUUUGUCAGAAGCUUUAUCCUGGUGACUAUGUUCUUGCUGACAGAGGAUUCAAUAUUAAAGAUGAACUAAAUGCUGUUGGGGCAACGUUAAAAGUUCCAGCAUUUACGAAAGGUAGACAACAAUUAUCUGGAUGGGAAGUGGAUACAUCUAGACAGAUAUCUAAUGUUCGCAUACAUGUAGAAAGAGUGAUUGGUAAAAUAAAAAAGUUUCAUAUUAUUCAUAUGACUGUGCCAAUCAUCCAAGUGGAUUUGUUAGAUGAUAUUAUGUUUAUUAUUUGUGCUCUUGUAAAUCUCAAUAUGAGUGUAGUUACUUAAUUAAUGUAAAUGUAAAAAUAAAUUUACAGAGAAGCAAUUUUUACAGUUUUAAAAUCUAAAUACAUAUUAAAGGAAAGUAAUAUUUGUUCUGGUUUAUUGCUUGGUUUUACAUUCUUUGCAUAACCAAUUAGUAGUUUUUGGAGCUCUUUUCAGUCCAACACAAGCGUAAUGAAACCAUUCAUAUUUACAGUUGGUAAAAUUGCUUGGUAUCAUUUUUCCAAAACUUGGUCUUUGGCAUAUACAGUAAAUUUUCCUACUAUUUAUUGUCAAUUUAUCAUUACGACGUGUUACAAGCUCUGGCAAUAAAAUGUUUUUGAAAUACAUAAAAAACUUAUCAAUCAUUUUGAGAAUAAGAUCUGUAUCUUUUUCAAUUGUUAAAAUAAAACUUUGUUCACCUUUAACUGCAGGGGAGAAUACCAGAAAAUCAGCCUCAGAACAGAGACAUAGUAAUAUUUGUGAUCCUUUUUUAUAAUGAGAUCUUUAUUGAUUGGAAAAUCUCUAUCUUCUUCCCAUCCUUCAAAGCCAUUUUGAUAUUUAUAAGGACAUUUGAUCUCUAAAAUUUUAGUUUGAUGACAACUGCAUCUAAUCAAUGCAUCUGGAGAAGCUCCAAUGAAGGGGUAUUGUUCUCUCACAUGAAAACCAGUAUCUAAAAAUUG